CUCUCUCUCUCUCUCUCUCUCUCUCUCUCUCUCUCUCUCUCUCUCUCUCUCUCCAGGAGAAACGAUGUCCCAUGUCUCUCUCGUUCGUUUCGUUUGAGCCCUGAUUAUGCAUUCCGCCCAGCAUUCAAUUGCUCGAGGAGAUUUCUGAGUUGCCUCUUGUAAGGCCUCUCUCAAUUUCAGAUUCUUGUAAGGUCGUAGCAUGUUCUGGGUCCAAACCCUGCGGCCAUAAAUGGUCACAAGGCUGCACCAUCAUGACAUUGAUCAGAAGAGUUGCAAAAUGCUGUCGAGUCAUGGCGUGAGCACUACUACCAAUUCGACUAGUCCAUAAAGCAUGCGUGCCAACGGAACACCCUCAAACUUGGAGCGAAUCAUGAGUUUGCUUUUCUGUUGUGCGUGCAGUCGAUUGGAAGCAAAUCGGAAUCGGAAGUGGUCAGUUCUGUGAACAAGCCCGAAUCGUUCACGGCUUACGAUCCCAUAGCAGUGGGCCACAGCCAAACGUCGUCCAUGUCAGAAAAUCAGGUUGGCAAGUCUGAGGCAUACACUGUGAGAACACCGACUCCCAAUGUCAUGAUGGCCUCGCUGUGGCGGCCACCGAGCACGGGCAUAACCUCUCGUGCGCUGUCGGGGACUGCAUCUGUAGCUGCAGUCGAGCCUUCGACCCGCCCCAUGACUGCAGUGAGAUCUGCAGGCUACUCCUCAAGGGGCAGUAAGUUCGAUCCGUUGAACCAAGCAGCAAGGGCAAUGACGCCUGCCCCUCCUAAAAAGGAAGAGAGCAAUCCUGAGUAUCAGAGUCGCGAAAUGGAGAGACUCGUCAAUCAACUGCUGGAAGAGAGUGCAGCUGCGGGCCUCGCUGGAGAUCAUCAAUUAGCUCUGGAGAAGGCGAAGGAGGCGGGACGAAGGGAGAGACUCGUCUGUAAGCACAGAGAACAGGCUGGCCUGGUACUGCAAUCUUAUCAUACUCGCCUCCAGUGUCUCAACAGGGCAUAGUACUAACCUCACUGGAAAGAUGACAGGAAUUCGGAAUCCAUGCGUGGAUACAUUACAUUACCAAGAGAUUGACCAAAUAAACCUGGAGCUCACAUUCGCUGUGUGUUUCAACUUGGGCUAUCAAUAUCAUGCCAAUGGCCUCCAACAGGAAGCCCUGAGUACCUACUCACAGAUCAUGAAGAACAAGCAGUUUACGCAAGGCGGCCGGCUGAGGAUCAACAUGGGCAAUAUUUACUACGAGCAGAAAAAGUACACGCUGGCUGUGAAAAUGUAUCGCAUGGCUCUGGACCAAACACCCAAUACUCACAAAGAGAUUCGAUACAGAGUCAUGCGCAAUAUAGGCAAUGCUCUGAUGAGACUCGGUAGAUAUCAGGAUGCAGCUCAAUCUUAUGAAGCAGUCAUCGAGAUCAAAGUUGACCAUCAGGCUUGCUACAACCUGGUUGUCUGCUACUACAUAUUGGGUCACUUAGAGAAGACGAAGAGUGUUUUCACCAAGAUGCUGCUCGUGCGACACUACGACUCCGACGAUGAGGAUGAUGACAUUGACGGCGAUCAUAGUGUUGUCUUAAGGAACGACGGCCUGCGGGAAGAGCUACGCACCAAACAGAACCACGCCUUCAAAUACAUCUUAACUGCAGCCAGGCUCGUGGCUCCAGUGCUGGGGAGUACGUUCGUGGAGGGAUACGAUUGCUUGAUAGGUAUGCUGAAAGAUCAGCACUACGUUGCCCUCGCAAACGAGAUGGAGAUGAACAAAGCCCUCCAAUUUCUUCGCCGACAGGAUUUUGUCCAGGCCAUCUCGCUGCUGAAGAAUUUCGAGCGUAAGGAGAAGGAUCUGAAAGCUCGGGCGGCAACGAACUUAUCCUUCCUUUACUUUCUCGAAGGUGAUCAAAUCAACGCUGAGAAACAUGCUGAACUUGCAGUGAAGACGAAUUCUUACAAUCCAUGUGCUCUGGUCAACCAUGGAAACUGCCUCUACUCCAGGGGUGACGUUGCCGGAGCUCUAGCCCGAUAUACUGAGGCAGUGGAGGUUGAAGCUGAUUGCGUGGAAGCCAUCUUCAAUACUGGUCUCUCUCAGAAGCGACUCGAAUCACUAGCAGAAGCCUUGCAGACGUUUACAAAACUCAGCUAUCUGCUUCCGAACAAUGUCGAGGUUUUAUUCCAGAUUGGGCAUGUGUACGAAUUACUGGGAAACUAUCAUCAAGCCGUAAAGUGGCUCGAAAUUGUGAACACCAGGGUGAUGCAUGACGCCGGAGUUCUGGCCAUGUUGGGAAACUUGCACGCCAAACUGGACGAUGAGCCCAAGGCUGUGCACUAUUACUGCGAGUCGCACCGAGUCUAUCCGACCAACAUGGACAUCAUCUCAUGGUUGGGCGCGUUCUACGUUAAGUCUGAAGUUUACGAAAAGGCAAUGCCGUUUUUUGAGCUCGCCUCGAGAAUCCAACCAGCCGAGGUGAAGUGGCAGUUGAUGGUGGCCUCGUGCUACCGCAGAACGGGGCAGUACAAGAUGGCAUUGGCUAAGUACAAGUCAAUUCACGCCAAGUAUCCAGAAAACGUCGAGUGCUUGCGCUACUUGGUGCACAUGUGCACCAGCCUCGGAAGGAAGGACGAGCUGCAGCAAUACGAGCAGCGUCUUCGACAAGCCGAGCGGUCGGCGUCCAGAGGCUCGACGGGAGGAGACUCGCGAGCACAAUUGCCACGAUCCGAGAAGGUCGAUGGCUUCAACCACCACCAGCAGCAGCAGAACGUGCCGUCGCCGAGAAUUCUUCACGAUGGCAAAAGAGGACAAAGUCCAGACCGCUUUUCCUGUCAGAUCCAGAAUCAGAAUCAGCAGCAGCAGCAGCAGCAGUCGUCCUCCAUCCCCAGAAUAUUAUCGGCGAGGAAAAGCAGGAUUGACGACGAGGAAUGGCCCGACUUGGGCGAUGAUCUCCUGCCUUUGUAGACAGGCUGCUGCCUCCCUUCUGCUUGUCCACAUCCUCUGCCUGUGGCUCUGGCUCUCACUUGCAUGCAUCGAUCGACGUCACAGCAACAACAGAUGCUUCCAGCAAAUGUCUGCAAUAGGCUUUUCACUUUCCAAGCUAUGAACGACAUUUGCAGCCCUUUGGAGACAGACAGAGGAUCGGGCCAUGUCCACUGGCCCUCCCGUGAAU